CCGCCGCUGGGCCCGUGUGGAAUGCGGGGCCCGGCUGCGCACCAGGACUUUUAUGGAAACUUGCUGCUGGAGGCGGCGGCAGGAGGCAGCCACAGGGCUCCGGGGACUCGGGCGGCGGUGCCAGAGCUCAGGGACCCCUCCCCUCAGCCGGGCGCAAGACGCCAGGACCCCUCACCGGUUCCCGGCGGGUACGAAAAAAUCCAAAACUUCAUCAGCUCAAAAGCACACAGAGCAAAAAUGAAUGAUAUUUCCCAAAAGGCUGAGAUUCUGCUUUCUUCAUCUAAACUUGUCCCCAAAUCCUAUGUGCCAAAACUUGGCAAGGGUGAUAUAAAGGAUAAGUUUGAAGCCAUGCAGAGAGCCAGGGAAGAAAGAAAUCAAAGGCGAUCUAGAGAUGAAAAGCAAAGAAGAAAAGAACAGUAUAUUAGAGAGAGAGAAUGGAACAGGAGAAAGCAGGAGAUUAAAGAAUUGCUUGCUUCUGAUGAUGAUGAGGAGAAAUCUUCUAAACCAGAAAAGGCUUAUGUCCCAAAGCUAACAGGGACUGUUAAAGGUAAAUUUGCUGAAAUGGAGAAGCAAAGACAAGAGGAACAAAGGAAGAGAACAGAGGAGGAACGAAAACGUAGAAUGGAGCAGGAUAUGUUAGAAAAGAGGAAAAUACAGCGUGAACUAGCAAAAAGGGCUGAACAGAUUGAGGACAUAAACAAUACGGAAACUGAAUCAGCACCAGAGGAAGGAGAUGAUUCACUGCUUAUAACAGUAGUGCCUGUCAAAUCAUAUAAAACAUCUGGAAAAACAAAGAAAAAUUUUGAGGAUGUAGGGGAAGAAGAACAAGAGAAAGAAAGAAUUAAGUAUGAAGAUAAAAGAGUAAGAUGUGAAGAGCAACAGCGAACUCUCAAGGAGGCAAAGUGUCUUUCAUUGGUCAUGGAUGAUGAACUGGAAAAUGAAGCCAAAAAGGAAGCACAUUUUCCUGGAAAACUGAAACUAACUUUUGAAGAAUUGGAGCGACAAAGACAAGAAAACCGAAAGAAGCAAGCUGAAGAGGAAGCAAGACAACGUUUAGAAGAAGAGAGGCGUGCUUUUGAAGAAGCUAGGAAGCAAAUGGUAAAUGAAGAGGAGGAAAACCAAGACACAGGAAGUAUUUUAAAAGAGUACCGUCCUGGUAAACUCAAACUUAGUUUUGAGGAACUAGAAAGGCAAAGAAGAGAAGAUGAAAAAAGGAAAGCAGAAGAAGAAGCCAGGAGGAGGAUAGAAGAAGAAAAGAAGGCAUUUGUUGAAGCAAGGAGAAGCAUGGUAGUAGAUGAUGACUCCUCAGAGUUGUGUAAAACCAUCUCUCAAGAAUCACUUAUACCAGGGAAACUGGAAAUUAAUUUUGAAGAAUUGUUAAAACAAAAAAUGGAAGAAGAAAGACGACGAACAGAGGAGGAACGAAAGCAUAAACUAGAAAUGGAGAAACAGGAAUUUGAACAACUGAGACAAGAAAUGGGAGAGGAGGAGGAGGAAAAUGAAACCUUUGGAUUGAGCAGUGAGUAUGAAGAACUAAUUAAAUUAAAAAGGAGUGGCUCCAUUCAAGCUAAAAAUCUCAAGAGCAAGUUUGAAAAAAUUGGACAGUUAUCUGAAAAAGAAAUACAGAGAAAGAUAGAAGAAGAACGAGCAAGGAGGAGAGCAAAUGACCUUGAAAUUAAGGAGCGAGAAGCCGAAAACUUCCACGAGGAAGAAGAUGUUGAUGUAAAGCCUGCAAAAAGAAGUGAGGCUCCAUUUACUCAUAAAGUGAAUAUGAAAGCUAGAUUUGAACAAAUGGCUAAGGCAAGAGAAGAAGAAGAACAAAGAAGAAUAGAACAACAAAAAUUAUUACGAAUGCAGUUUGAACAAAAAGAAAUCGAUGCAGCACUACAAAAGAAAAGAGAGGAUGAAGAAGAAGAAGGUAGCAUCAUGAAUGGCUCCACUACUGAAGAUGAAGAGCAAACAAGAUCAGGAGCUCCAUGGUUUAAAAAGUCACUCAAAAACACAUCAGUUGUAGACAGUGAGCCAGUCAGGUUUACUGUUAAAGUAACUGGAGAACCAAAGCCAGAAAUUACAUGGUGGUUUGAAGGAGAACUACUUCAAGAUGGAGAAGACUAUCAAUACAUUGAAAGAGGAGAAACUUACUGCCUUUACUUACCAGAAACGUUCCCAGAAGAUGGAGGAGAGUAUAUGUGUAAAGCCGUCAAUAGUAAAGGCUCAGCAGCUAGUACCUGUAUUCUUACCAUUGAAACUGACGACUACUAGGCUUCCUUCUUCCCUUGGAAAUUUCUCUCUCCAACUUUCUUACUACAUCCAUCUUUUCUGUGGCGGGGCCAAAAAAAACCCAAAAAACAAACAAAAAGGAAACCAGAAGUGCCACUGUGUUGACUUCAUAAUUCCUUUCCUUAAAGUCUUCAAAACACAAACUCAUGCAAAGCCAAGCAUCUCUUUUCUGAAUGAGUUAUCAGUUAUAACCAUGGUUUGCAAUCGCAGUCAAUAAAAUGUACCUAUGAGAAUUGGGAAAUGCAUUCAAAAUUUUUCUUUCAUAACAUAAAGAGGCUGUGUAUGUACUUCCCAUAGGCUUAUAGCAGUAUAUCAUUAUUUUGCACGAAAAAAUGACCAUCUAUGAGCUUUUACGUCUAAAAUUAGCCUGCAGUACCUGGCACUGAACCUGAAACUGAUCAAUGAGUAUACUUUUCUCCUUUAGUACUACAUAAAUUGAUUGGUGUAGUUUCACAAGUUGUGGAACCAAAGAGUAUCAUUCUUUUCAUGGGAAAGGAGAAACAUGGAGAAAAGCGAAAAUUCAAGUAGUUUUGCUAGACAAAAUUUGAUAGAAAUCAUUGUUGAGUGUUCUGAAUAACUCAUAUGGCAAAUUAGUGUUGAUACUGUCUGAACAAAUCAUAUUUUAGUGAGAAAACUUUGUAUCAAUAGUUUAUAAAGGAAAAAAUAUUUUGUAGCAGAAGUUUCAAGAUGUAUGAGGAUUAGAUUUAGGAAAAAGUAGCACAGCUUUAGCUCUAAGUUUUAAAUAACUUUGUAAAUAAUUAGCUAUCAUGUUUUAUUAUUGAGUUGUUUUGUAUUUUCAAUUUCUGGAAGACAAUUUCAUUUUACAAUGUAAGCUCAUAAAAAGGUUGUGUAUUAAAGAAGAAAAAUCUAAGUUAAAGAUUCACAUAAUCAAAUGAUCAUCUGUUGUCAAUUAGAAAAUGAAAAACCCUCAGUAUUUUCUCACAGUAAAGUUUUCCUGAGUCAAAUGUAAAACAGAAGGUUCCUUUCAAUGAGCAUAUCUACGAAAGAAACAAAGCACUCACAUUCUUAUAAUAUUCAUUAAUGUACAUUUAUUUAUUUUAUUAGGAUCAUAAUGAGUACACAGUUACAGCAAUCAUGUGCCCUUUUACAAUGUCAUAAAAGCAAACUCUAAACCACAGUUUGUAAAGUAUUCAAUUUACCUCAAGUCCAAGCUGCAUCUCCCUAAGACACUGUUCCCAUCACAGUAGCCAUUUUAAGCCAAUCUUCUUUUUACACACGGGUAGUUUCUGUAGAGAACACUUUUCUCAGGACGAAAAUGCAUCAAGCAUGCAUAAGAAAAUAUAUAUAUAUAUUCGCAAAUACAUUUAAAGGCUGGCUUUAGGUGUAUUACUGAAGAAAAUAAAACCCUAGGGUUCAUUUGCCUCUUUCAAGAACCAAUUUAAAAGUCCCUCAAAACUUUCUUCUAUUGUGUAAGAAGUGACUGAUCAAAGAUUAUAAGUAAAAACUUUCUUUAAGUAUUACUGAAAUGCAUUUUAAAAUGAGGCAAAAUUGCAGGAAACAAAAAUAAGACAUCCUCACUGCUUACUUAACUCAACAUCAUUAUUCUAAACAGGCUAACUUUUAUGUACAAUUGGUUCUCUUGACAAAAGAACCAAGCAAAUGAAAUGUUAUAACCUGUUAAUAUUCUCCUGCUUCUUUUUGAAGGUACUGUAACUCCUAUCCAAACUCAGUCUUAGUCAUUAACUACCAAGAUAUUUAAGAACAUAUGUUUAAAUGCUAAUAAAUGAUCAGUUAAAAAAUAUCCCGUUUUAGUAUUGAAACAAUUCCAACAAUUAAACAACAAAACUAUACUCACUUAUGGAACAUCAAACCAUAGAAUUCUAAGUACCACCAUACUAAGAUUUUUUUUU